UCAUUUGGAAUAAUUGUACUCGCGACUUUCCUUACCCACCACCACUACUUCUCCUCCUUCUUGACCAAAGUUUUCGCUCUCGUCUCUGUUCGGAGACAAAAUGCCUCUGAUAGAAGAACUCCCAGUGUCUGGGGUAAGUCGAAUCUCGCACGGCUGGGCCUACGUUCCCGACACCGCGGCGACGAUUCCCACAGUGCAACCCAGUUCCCGCAAACGAGGACGAGAUGGAAAUACUGCUGCGUCAAACGCACAAGCCGCGCACAAAUUGUCCGCCAAGCAAGAAAAGGCCAUACAGCAACGACUGAACGACCUGGGAAAAGAGAACCAUCGGGAAGUCCACAUACCCAUACCCAAGCGCGAGACCGCAGGCGCGGGCACGGCGGCAAGAGUCAAGUCCACGCCAAACGUACGUCGCAUAUUGGGUUACAGUAGGACGUUUCAGCAUUACUUGGCGGACGAGGAGGCGGGAGUGAAUGUUUACGGUGCCGCUGCCGUCGCUGCGGCUGCGGCUGUUGCCGGGGGUGGCGGCGCGGGUGCAUCAUCAGCCAGCAACACCGCCUCGUCGUCGAAGAAUGUCGUCGACGUUCGGAAACGGACAGAUUCGAAAGCGUCGGCGAAGAAGAGAACGACGAGUUCGGCGAAGGAGGCGAAGAAGACGACCAGAGCCAAAGGGGGAAGGACGAGAGGGAAAGCUUCCGCUGUUGCUACAGAAGAGGAAGAGGAGGAGGAUGCCGAAAUGGUAGAUGCUACGAAUGCCAGCGCCGCCGUCGAUGUGAAAAGGGAAACGACCGAGGCGCCGGCGGAACAGGACGUCACACAGCCAACCGACGCAACCGAGAAGGAACAACAAGCAGACAAGUACGACCCGGCGUUGGAUAAAGAUCCGCUCCUCAAGACACGCGAUGUGCCAAAGCCACCGACAGAUCGCGUGUUGCAGGCACUCUUGGCGGAGCCGACGCUGAGCUACAACAUGGCCCGAGCCAAACCGUUGGAGGGCGCCGACAAGUCCGUGUUUGAGAUCCGGACGGGCAGUAACGUCCUCGUGGCGAAACCUCAGCGUUGGUUCUGCGCCGUUUGCGGGUACUGGGGAAAGGUGAGAUGCCGACAGGGUUGCGGAGAGAGGGUGUGUGGGUUGUUGGAGUGUUGGAGGGGACACGAGGGUGUUUGUGCCUUGGCUGGGUAUUGAGAAAGUACCUUGGUCGAGGGAAAAAGACUACGAUGAUGGACAUUGGUGGUGAUGGUUGUGGCAGUGUCCAGUCGAGUCAAAGAUCGAGAAAGAACAAGCGGAAGCGUCAAGUGUGCCGUGCUGUGCUGCGUUCAAAGCGACUUUUUUCCCUGUGAUGAAAUAUGUACAGGUAUGCAUGGAUGGGCUACAGGAAACGAUAGCUACUAGGACUUUGAUACCCCAGACGUUUACGAAAGGCACCAUAUGAAAUCAUAGAGACUUUGAAGGGUAUGACUGCUCAUACUGUAUUAUA